AUGCUGAAGCAUCGCCUUUUGAGCAGAGGAGAAUGUCGAGCUUCCAUAUUCAAAGUCACAGUUCACUGGAGCAUCAGAAAUAUUAAACGGUGCAAGAUCACUCACCUUACCUGCCUAGUGCUCACCCUAUACUACUUAUAUCUAUGCUCCCACAAACUACAUUCGCUAGGUGCUAAAGGCGAAGAUCCGGAUGCCCACUUAGGAACGACAGCAGAAGUAUCUUCGAGGGAUUAUACUCUCCUUACGAAAAGGGUAAACUGGGGAACCGUUACUGACAUUAAAGCAGAGAGUUUGGAGCCGCUUAUUACCCAACUAUUGAACGAAAGAGACACCACAGGAAAGGAGUGGUUGUACAACAGCGAGAUUGGUCAUAAAAAUAUUGUUAUCCCCGACUUCUACCAACCAAAGUCGAAGUCGAAGAAUCCUAUCAUGCAGAGCUAUGACCCAAGAUUUACGUUGGGUAUUUACUUGCACUACAUAAACAAGCAGCUUCUCUCACCACAAAGAAAACGUGGGAGUGCCUUUUCCCAGAGAAAGGGACCUGAAAUCACCAUACCGUUCCAUUGGUUGGAGUGGGUUGACCUAUCAGCCUUGGGUGACUACUUAUCUCUUCCGCUCGAAAAGAAGCCAACCUGCGUAGAUGUUCGGGGAACUCUUAGCCACAAUAAAUAUAGGGAGAGCAUUGGCCUUGAAACCCUAGAAAAGCCAGCCCCCGAUAUUCUGUUCUUGGAGAAUAGGGUCUUUGCCAAGGAUCUCUCCCUUGAAGUCGACGAGCGAUAUAGGAAAGUGGUGGAGAUGAUCCUCCUGUCCCUGAACUGCUAUCGGCCUGAGACGAGAAAAGGAGGCGUUGUACCUCCCGAGUUUACCCCCGGGUUCCAGAUCCAGGGGAAUAUUUUUAUUCGAAACAUGCCAUCCUUAGUGUCCCUUCACGGAAAGACCUACUUGUUUGCAAGCGCCCCAAGCCCCUCUCAAAUCGUGAUGCUUGCAGGGAACCUGGCCAUUGUAGUUGGAAUUGACCCGACGAAAACAGACCCCAUGCUUUUCGAUCACGCAAUAGUGGAGGAUUACAUUGCUGACCAAAAUAAAUCGUCUGAUAAGGUGGUAGCCAAAACCGUCAAGUCUAUCGGCAACUUUGUGGAUGUGAAAUCAGAAAUCUUGAAAUUCAAAGCCGUUAUGAAAGGCAAGCCCUCUUCCGCUCUACCGUUCAAGAAGUCGGUGCCCCAGAAGUCCUUCCAACAAGAGUGCUACCAGCAUGACUUCGGGAGAAUAUCCAAGCUCCCCCCAAAAGCUCGCACCCCCCUCGAGAGCAGCUAUUACAGCGCCAUCCAACGAUCGCUCGAAGUACAGGAGGAGAAUGCCGUGCCCAAGUACUUUUCAGAAGCAAACACUCCUACCAUUAGCCACUAUGACUGGCGGUUCUAUGACCGAGAGAUUAGCGAUAGAAACGAGCAGCGCAUCAUCAUGCACCAUAUGGUCCGGACCUGGCUCAAAUUUACGGGCGAGUUUGGCCUCACCACGUGGAUCGCCCAUGGCUCUCUUCUUUCAUGGUACUGGAACGGCAAAACUUUCCCAUGGGAUAUCGACAUAGACGUCCAGAUGCCGUUAGCGGACUUGCACACGAUGGCGUUGAAGUUUAACCAGAGCUUGAUCAUGGGGUUGGAUGAAGAUUUUAGCAGCUACUUUCUCGACAUCGGCACUUACAUUACCGAGAGAAUCCAUGGAAACGGGACCAAUAACAUUGACGCCAGGUUGAUCCACACAGGCUCGGGAAUGUUCAUCGACAUUACCGGAGUAGCUCUAACCGAAACGGCUGCUGUCAAGAACAUGUACACCCCGUAUAUGAUGCAGGAGUUCCUGAACCUGAAUUUACCCGGAAGCUACGACUUCAACGAUGAUUCCGACCCAGCCGUGGCGCUAGAGACCAAUACGAAGCUACAGGUAUACAAUGACCGGAACUACCAUAUGCUUUUCCAUAAAGACAUCAGUCCGUUGAGAAUGACAAUUUUUGAGGGCACCCCGGCGUACAUCCCCUGCAACUUCCUCGCCGUCUUGAACAACGAGUACGACGGUGCCACCACCCCGACGUAUCUGGAUAUUAUGUACCAGCCUAAAAUACGGGAGUGGGUUGAUAUGUGGAAGCUCCACUUGAAAAACCAGGAUCGUGGGAAGGAUCUCAACACUGUUGAUUUACUUAGAGACGCACGGUACGAAGACGUCUUUAUAGAGGCGUUGGCCACUUAUGACGCCACCCGGCUCCACGAGCACGAAAUGAAGCAAAUAGAUGUGAAUGAACUGGAGGUGGAGCAGUUAAUUAUGGCAAACCAGAGAAUGAAACCCUCACGAAGUGAUUUAUUUGCCUACCGUGAGAGCCAGGCUGGACGGUGGGCCCAGGAUGCGGUCCAGUUGGAGCUCGUAUAUAGCGUUCAAGAAUAA